AUGGCCUCCCCCGACCCCCCGCUGCCCACCCACUAUAUUCAGAUCCUGGAGCCCGCCCAGGAACCGACGGGCACUCUUCGCGACCGCCUCAACCAAUUAAGUGCAUGUGAAAUUAAUACUAAAGUGACUUACGACGUGUGCUCGGUGUUGUCCCCGCCAAGGAAUAAGAUCCUGGAGCUUCUACGUCCUGAAGACCCGGGUCGGGAUGCGCUAGAGGCCAUCGUGAGACCCAUACCCCGGCGCGGCCUCACCCGGCCUCUGGAUGAAGACACGAAACGGUUCCUGCAUAGAGCACUGCAACCGCCCAGCACUUAUAGACCGGAGACUACGAAACAAGAGCCUAAAGUUGAAACGAAAACUUGCGAUUCGAACGCUGAACGAUCUCUCGCCGAAGAACUGAGAGAAGCAGAAGAAGAUGUAGGUAAAGAACGGAAACACUGGUUACGCGACUUCAGGAAACGCGGUGAAAGUUUCCGUGGAGCCGCAGAAAGAGAACAAAUGGGAAAGUUGGCUUUGUCAGUGGAAGAUGAUGAAGAGGAAGACGGGCUGUCUGCUGCCGCUAGGAAAAUCGACGCAUUACUGGCUGAGUCGCGGGAACUGCACGAGGAGUUAGCGGGGAUCCAUGAAGACCUGCAGGUGCAAUCAGCGCGUGCGUGCCGCUGCGUGGCGGCUGCCCGCGCCUUGAACGACGAGUCCAGAGCUCUACGGUACCUGGACGAUGUGGUCGCACUCCUCAAGGGUGAUGUAGCCACCACCUUGAGGACCAGAGCCUGGCCCUUCGCUAUAGGCAGGAGACAGCCUGAUCGGAACUAUAUUAUUUAAACAAUGUCGUGCUGACCUGGGUGCGGUUGUUAGCUGGCCGGUAACGUCGAGACAACAUUCAAGUCAACACACCAACAUUAUACUACAGUAUAACAUGGCCUUUUGACUAUACACGAUAUAAUAUAAAUUUUAUAGCAUAGUUAACACUUAGAACCAAUGUGCUUAGUGCGAGUGCGAGUUUUUUAACUUCUCGAUCACGUAAAAGUUAACUCAAAUUUGUAUGGAAUUGGAACAGCGCCCCUAGCGGCAAACGUAAAAAACUCGCACUAACCGAUCGAGGGAGAAUGAUUUAGCAUUGAACGGGUUUUGAACUUAUUAUUGAAAUACGGUGAAUCUGGUAGCCGCAUGUGAGUUCAAAUGCCAACUUUUAGAGGAAACGCACAGUGAUGGUCGCGUUCAUGGAUAGAUUAAUUGUCAUCUUUUAUAGUUAACGUUUGUUCGUUCAAAGCCUACACUAAGGCUUAAGAGGAUUUCAUAGAAAGGCAUAAAUAAUCACCAUUUUUUUCCCCAACACCAAAGUGAUAAUCGUCUUCCACACUUCCACCUCACACCACAAAGACAACAGGAUAUAGGUCUGCGCGAGUAAGUACCACCACCCUGCCUAUUUUUGCCGUGAAGCAGUAAU